AUGGAUGCCGAGCUCAAGCAGAAGCUACUGCAAAUAUCCACAUGCGAUAUUUCUGACGCGCUCGUCAAGCUCCGUCUGGACGGGGAUGGGACGCAGACGGGAGGACUGAUCCCGGACCUCAAGAUGUACUCACCCUUAUAUGAAGCAGGGACGACGAGGAUAGUAGGGCCGGUGUUUACGGUCCGAAUGACCCUCGCGAGCGAUGGGACCUCCCCAAGGCCCUCGACCCACUUCGUCGAUGCGUGUCCUGGGGAACACAUCAUGAUGAUGCAGGUGCCACGGGGUGUGAAAGCGGCGACCUGGGGUGGUCUCAUGUCUAUCGGCGCCAAGACGAGAGGCGUGCAAGGCGUAGUCAUUGACGGUGGAUGUAGGGACCUAGCAGAGCAUCGCGAGAUAGGUUUUCCGGUCUUUGCUCGACAUCACAGCACUCUCGGCCAAGGGACAUUCGUGCGACCCGCCGAGCUCAAUGUCCCGCUUUCCAUCCCCGCCGAGCAAAGCCUAGGCGGUGUAGCGUGGCCAGACACCAAAGUCAAUCCCGGAGACAUCAUUGUGUGCGAUGUGGACGGCUGUGUGGUCAUUCCUGCGGAUAAGGUGCGGGAGGUAGCGGAGAUGGCGCAGAGGGGAAAAGAGAUCGAUGAGCGGAUAGGCAAGGCGAUAGCUGAGGGUAUGGGCGUCGCCGAGGCGAUGAAGAAGUUCAGGACAUAG